AUGUCGACUCGGCUUGAUAACCUUAUGAAGUCCAAGAACGUCGUCCUCUUCUUUGGAGGCGUUGUUUCUAUGGCAGCGGCAUACACAAUCUGGGGAAAUGAUGGUCAAGGAGUCUUCCCACCCCAGCCUGACCCUACUGGUGAUCCUAAGACAUGGACAAAGGAAGAAUGCCAAUUGUGGUUGAACAAGGCAAGCGAAUCACCCACAGCCAUUGACGUAGACUAA